AUGGACGUUGAAAUGUCUGAACAAGAGCCUAUUGAACCAAUUAAUAUCAAUGAUAACAUCGCUCCAAAAAAUAAUAGUACUGGAUCACCAAAAUCUGUUGUUAUAGAAGAGAACGAACAACAACUACAAAUUAAAAUGGAGACAACUGUCGAAGAUUCAAAGGUAGCGACAAGCACCACGACCACUACCACUGUAGUAGAUGCUGCUACCGCCGCCGCCGCUGGAGCUGAAAUAGUAACUACCGAGACAGCCAUUCCUGGUACAGAACAAACUACUAUUAUGAAUGAUGAGGAAGAAAAAAACAGGCUUGAGGAGGAAGCUCGCAAAUUCCUAUCUUUACAAGCACAAGAAAUAGUAAUACCAUCAUAUGCUGCUUGGUUUGAUAUGGCGAAAAUUCAUAAUAUCGAAAAAAAAUCUUUACCAGAAUUUUUUAAUAAAAAAAACAAAUCUAAAAAUCCAACUGUUUAUAAAGAAUAUAGAGAUUUUAUAAUCAAUGCAUAUCGACUUAAUCCUUCAGAAUAUCUAACCGUCACUGCUUGUCGUAGAAAUUUGGCCGGUGAUGUCUGUGCAAUUAUUCGUGUACAUGCUUUUCUUGAACAAUGGGGAUUAAUAAAUUAUCAAGUAGAUCAAGAUACACGACCAUCAUCUGUUGCGCCUCCUUUCACGGGACAUUUUGUUAUUACUGCAGAUGCACCAAGAGGUCUUCAACCAUAUCUACCAAAAGGUUCUGUUGCUGGUGAUUCCUCAUUUGGAAUUCGCCAAAAUUCAACAGGAGGAAAAAAACAAUAUAAUUGUUUUACAUGUAAGGUUGAUUGUACUCAAUCUCGUUAUCAUAGUUUAAAGAAUGGAAAAUUAGAUCUGUGUCUCAAUUGUUAUUCAUCUGGCCAUUAUCCCACUUCAAUGCAUAGUGGUGAUUUCUUAAAAAUGGAUGAAGCACAAUUCAAACAUGCUCAGGAUGAAGAAUGGACAGAACAAGAAACUUUAGCACUUUUGGAAGGUAUUGAAUUAUAUGAGGAUGAUUGGCACAAGAUUGCUGAACAUGUGGGUACUCGUACCAGAGAUCAGUGUAUUCUGCACUUUUUAGAAUUCCCUAUUGAAGAUCCAUUAAAUGGAGCAAAAAUGUCAAAACUGGGGCCACUUCAGUAUCAAAGGAUGUCUUUCAGUCAAGCAGAUAAUCCAGUGUUGUCAGUUGUUGCAUACUUGGCAUCUAUUGUGAGUCCUAAUGUUGCAGCAGCAGCAGCUAAAUCAGCAAUCAAAGAAUUACCGUCACCAUUACCAUCAUCAUCAUCUGCCGUUGCUGCCAAAAAUAAUAAUAAUUCAGAAACUAAUCCAAAGGAAUCUAAUGAAUCUAAUGAUGUUAAUCAUGAUACACAAACCAUCGAAGAAGGAAGAAUUGGUGACAUUGUUGAUGGAGAAAUUAAAGUGAAAAAUGAAGAUGCAAUGGACACAGAAGUUCUGGCAGAUUAUGAGGAUCGAGAGAUACAGAGACUUGUUAAUAAAGUUAUUAAAAAUCAAUUGAAAAAACUUGAACUCAAACUUCAACAAUUUGACGAAUUAGAAAAUGUUAUUGAGAAUGAAAGGAAGGAAAUAGAGAAACAACGUCAAUUGUUAUAUCUUGAACGCUUAACUCUUAAAAAGAAUAGUUUAAUUAUACAAAAACAAUUAAAAGGAGUAUCUACAAUUGAAUAUCAACAAAGACAGCAACAACAAUUACAACAAUCACAAAUAGGACCAUUAAGUAAAGAGGAAAGUAAAAUUGGUGAACUUUAG